CAGUUUACGGUGUUUACGCCAGGGAGGUCAGAGUUCAUCAGCACGCCUCCCAAAAUGGCGGCUGAACCCAAACGGGAGUGGAGCGACGAACAGCUAAAAAGUGAUGAUUUGCCCAAGAAAGAUAUAAUAAAGUUCAUUCAGGACAAUGCAGCCCACUCGUUCCUCAGCGAGCACAAGCUGCUGGGAAACAUAAAAAACGUCGCCAAAACGGCAAAGAAAGAGCAACUGAUCAUUGCCUACAAUCAGCUCUUUGACAGCAAANGGUUCAGUGGCACCGAACCAGUGGAAGAAUUGACUGAGCCGGUUAAAGCUGUGAAAACUGAAGAAAAGCCCAAAGAGGCCAAAACAGAGGUUGUGGAUGAGGGUCCACCCAAAUACAGUAAGACGGUGCUGAAGAAAGGUGACAAGACAAACUUUCCAAAAAAAGGCGAGACUGUGAGCUGCUGGUACACUGGUACUUUGGAGGAUGGAACUGUGUUUGACACCAACAUACCCGCAGUGGCCAGAAAGAAAAAGCAGACUAAACCGCUGAGCUUCAAAGUUGGCAUGGGCAAAGUGAUCAGAGGAUGGGAUGAGGCCCUUCUAACAAUGAGCAAGGGUGAAACGGCUCGAGUGGAGAUCGAACCAGAGUGGGCAUAUGGGAAAAAGGGUCUACCCGACUCAAAAAUCCCACCAAAUGCAAAGCUGAUCUUUGAGGUUGAGCUGGUGGCUGUGGACUAACCGACACAAGCUGGCCAGUGUGCUGCAUUUCAAGGAUGGAGACGACAAAUACGCUCACGGACCACUUUAACAUUUGUUUUUGAAGCUCACAGUGUUUGUUCUUGGUGAAAUUGUUAAACGUAUACAUCGUUUAAUAUUGAGUCCAUCGCUAAUGAUGGUGUACUCAACUACAUAGUGGUGGCUGUAUUUGUGUCUGCCCCAGCUACAUAAUGAGAGGGUCAGACUAUUGGGAACACCUCUGAAUAUAAACUAUAGUCCAGUACACCACUACCUUUAACUAUGAUCUCAGUAAUAAAUGUAGGUAUACAUUUGACCAUUUCACCAAAAACAAACAUUCUGAGCUUCAUAAGCAGCUGUUAGGGUGAACAAGUUAUACUGAAGUGCAUACACUUGUACAGGUGUACCUACUAAAGCAGCUGAGUGUAGUUGAAGGCCUUGUUCUAAAGUUUACAAGUUAAUGUAAUUUACAGGACACUGUGCCCAGCUUCUCUUAUGGGGAAUGGGUCAUAUUAAGUAGUUUAGUGUUUUGUUUCUCUCUCCCCCCCAAAGUGGGAUGGCUCAGUUUAUAUGGGACACCCUUAAAUACUGCCUGAUCUUUGCAUGUACAGUGUAAAUGCUUAAUAAAUCAGUUCAUGUAAAGGAAUGA